CUCCCUUAUAUCCGUUCUCCUGGGAACAAACCUCUCUCAAGAGUCCUCCUCCUCCUCCUCCUCCUCCUCCUUCCCAAUCCCCAAGCCACUACUAUAACUACAUUCACGAACUAGAGAAGAGGAAUAGGAGAGGAUAUCAGGAGACGAGAGAGAGAGAGAGAGAGAGAGAGAGAGAGAGAGAGGGAGGAGAGAAUUUAUCGAUUGAUAAGAUUAAUGUGAUAUGGAGCUGGAGCUGGACAAGCUGAGCGCGGUUCGGGUCCUGGGGAAGGGGGCGAUGGGCACCGUGUUCCUGGUUAUCGACCGGUCGGACCACCCGUCACGGCCGCCGGUGUUCGCCCUCAAGGUGGUGGAGAAGCACUCCCCCACCGCCAAGCCCGACGCCGACCGCCGCGCCCGGUGGGAGCUCUCCGUCCUCUCCCGCCUCGGGUCCCACCACUUCCUCCCCUCGCUGCUGGGCUCCUUGGAGACCCCGGACUUGUUGGCCUGGGCCGUCCCAUUCUGCCCCGGCGGCGACCUCAACGCCCUCCGCUACUCGCUCUCCGAUCGCAUCUUCUCCCCUGCCGCCAUCCGGUUCUACGUCUCCGAGAUCGUCUCCGCCCUCGCCCACCUCCACUCCCUCGGAAUCGUCUACCGCGACCUCAAGCCCGAGAACGUCCUCCUCCAGGCCUCCGGCCACGUCACCCUCACCGAUUUCGACCUCUCCCGCCACCUCGCCCCGAAACCCCUCCCCUCCUCCCCCGCCUACAGCAAUCCCAUCUCCCUUCCUUCCCCACCCGAGAACAACCAUCGACGUCGACGCGGCCACCACCACCGCCGCAACCUCACCCGCAUCUUCUUCGGCGGCCACGCCAGCGCCACCGGCGGAUCCCCUGACAACACCGGCGGAUACCCCGACAGCACCGGCCACCUCCGGCAGCAGCUCAAGAAGGCCAAGUCCGCCCGCGUCUCCCCCGUCAGCCGCCGCCGCCCCAGCAUCUCCGGUGGGGUCGCCGCCUGCGAGCGGUCCCACUCCUUCGUCGGCACCGAGGAGUACGUCUCCCCCGAGGUCGUCCGUGGCGACGGCCACGAGUUCGCCGUCGACUGGUGGGCCCUCGGCAUCCUCACCUACGAGAUGACCUACGGCCGCACCCCCUUCCGCGGCCGCAACCGCAAGGAGACCUUCCGGAACGUCCUCACCCGCCAGCCGGAGUUCGCCGGUCGGCAGCGCGCUGACCUCACCGACCUCAUCGCGCGCCUCCUCGCCAAGGACCCCGUCCGCCGGCUCGGGUACGCCGGCGGGGCGGAGGAGGUCAAGGCCCACCCCUUCUUCCGGGGAGUCCAGUGGGAUCUGCUUGCCGACGUCAACCGCCCGCCCUUCCUCGCGCCGCUGGAGGACCUCGAGGAGGAGGUGCUCGCGCAGAGCGGUGACGGGACCGCCGACGCCGUCGAGGGGUUCGACAUCCGGGACUACUGCAAGCGGCUGCGGGAGCAGCAGGCCUCGCCGGCAGCGCCGUCGCCGUUCUCCUCGUCGGUGUCGCUGGCGGAGUUCUGACGGCAACCGUUAGUUGGUUGCUCUUCUUUUUUUUAACCUUUCGUUUUUUUUCUUUUUCAAAGAAGGGAGGACUUUUUCCCGUUAUCGGGUUGUACAUAAGCAAGGAGGCCGAGACGUGCGGAGACGGGGACUCGGGGAGGCUUCGAUGGGGCGGGCGGCGGGCGGUUGUAAUUAGGGUAACAUGUAGGGUGUAUUUCACAAAAUUUUGAGAAGACACGUGUGAUAUGCGCACGCGCGUAGACUGCUUUCAGGGCCAAUCAUGUUGUAUGCAAUAUUCCUCCCCGUAUUUUGGAAUGAACAACCACAGCAUGUAGCGUUUAGAUGGACAAAUCUUUAUCAUGUUUUGAUAAUUGCUGUGAUCUGAUCUCUCAAUUUUGAUGAAAUAUAUCCUUCAAUUUCCCUCUUCUCA